CUCUCUCCUUCCUAAGCUAGCUAUAUAUGACCCCCCAUGCCCACAAAGCCUUUCCACACAAACACAACGACGAUAUAUGCACCUUGAGCUUUCCACCCCAUAAAGACGAGCCAGCAGGGCCAGACACUUGGUAGUGUGUGUGUGCGUGUGACACCUUAAUUAGCUUGCUUGGCCAGGCAUUCACUGAUCGAUGGCACUACUGGUCAAGAGCCACCAGCAAAUGUUGGUCUCCUCCUCCACCACCUCCUCGUCGUCCCCUUCGUCGGCGUCCCAGCAGCGGCACCCGCCGCCACCUCCUCCUCCCUCCUCCUCCUGCCUCACCGACCAGCAACAGCCGUCCCCAGCCAAGCGCAAGAGGCGCCCUCCCGGCACGCCGGACCCCGAUGCGGAGGUGGUGGCGCUGUCGCCGCGGACGCUGCUGGAGUCGGACCGGUACGUGUGCGAGAUCUGCGGGCAGGGGUUCCAGCGCGAGCAGAACCUGCAGAUGCACCGGCGGCGGCACAAGGUGCCGUGGCGGCUCGUGAAGCGGGCGCCGCCGCCUGCUGGCGGCGGCGAGGACAGCGCCGGCGCUAAUAAUAGUAGCACAGCUGGUACAGGCGUUGGCGGCGGCGGCGGCGGCCCCCGGAAGCGCGUGUUCGUGUGCCCCGAGCCGAGCUGCCUCCACCACGACCCCGCCCACGCGCUGGGCGACCUGGUGGGCAUCAAGAAGCACUUCCGGCGCAAGCACGGCGGGCGGCGGCAGUGGGUGUGCGCCCGCUGCGCCAAGGGCUACGCCGUGCAGUCCGACUACAAGGCGCACCUCAAGACCUGCGGCACCCGCGGCCACUCCUGCGACUGCGGCCGCGUCUUCUCACGGGUGGAGAGCUUUAUCGAGCACCAGGACGCGUGCAACUCCAGCCGGAUACGCGGCGAGGCCGUGGCGGUAGCCGUGCCGGCGCCGCCGUCGGCGCUCCCGGUCAUCCGCCCCGCCGUCCCGCGGCACCAGCCCACGGUGGCACCGGCACCGCCGCCACCGGAGCUCCAGCUCCUCCCCGCCUCCGCGGCGGCAUCAGCGCCGCUGGCUAGCACACCGACCGCCUCUCUGUCCACCACCACAAACGCGUCACAGGAGCAAGAACCCCACGCGGCGGCGGCGGCGACGACGACGACGAAGCUGCAGCUCUCCAUCGGCCCCACCGUCAUCGCGCCGGGCGCCGACGCUGCUGCGGCGACCGCCUCCGCCGUCGGCGAGGAGGACGACUCCGAGGCGAAGGAGCUGCGGCGCGCGAUGAAGGAGAAGGCCGCAGCGGACGCGGCGCGGGCGCGGGCGCGCGGGGAGGCCGCCGCGGCGGAGCGCGCGCUGGACGAGGCCCGCCGCGCCAGGCAGCGCGCCCGGGCCGACCUCGAGAAGGCGUGCGCGCUGCGGGACCACGCCGCGCGCCUGCUCGCGCAGGUCACCUGCCACGCGUGCCGCCAGCGCUCGCUCGCCGUGGCCGGCGGCCCCGCGGUGGCCUGCGACUCCAUUAUCAGGGGAGGAGGAGGAGAAGCAGGCAUCUAGCUCCACCACCCGUGCUCGUGUGCAUGCAUUGCAUAUACCGUAUGCACUGCCUUGUAGAUCUAGCUAAGCUAAUUCGUAAUGUAGGACGGCCUUGUCGGUCGUGUCGUGUGGCCAUUACUGCAUUGAAUGCAACCAUAUGCGCCCGCUUGGUUUCUACUUUCUAGGGUGCUACAAGUUGCAACGUUGUUUGGCCUAGUAAAAGUAUGAAUGAGAUCAUGCACGUCAAAAUAACCUCAAAGGCAAAGGCUGAUUUGAUGACCAA